GUAGCCGUAGCGGGCGGCCGUAGUUGGCGGGUUGGUGGAGGUUGGCGGGGCUGGCGGGUUUUGGCGGCAGCCGGUGGACGCCUGGGUGAAAGGGGGUUGUCGUGUUUGGCGGGACUUUUAUUGCCCUGGAAUGUAAAAGUUCUUAUACCAAACUUGGCGAGUUACGAGUAGCCAUAACGACUGGCAGCCAAGAAAAACCGAAGGCAAGGUUGAAGAAAAAAGCAUGGCUGUGCAAGUUCUCAAACCUUUUGAGAAGGUUGCCGCGGAGCAGGAGUACCGUAGACAAGUCGGUCUGGUAAAGACACUGCAGUCGACGAAAGCUUCAAGCGCCAUGCUUAGCGCUAACGCCACAAAUUGCAGCGAUGACAGUGUUUGCUUGUACUCCUACAUUCCACAAGUUCAGAAACAUUUCAUUUUGGAUGGCAAGAUUGGUGAAGGUACUUUCAGUCAUGUCUACAAAGCGAGGCUGAAGGCAAGUGCUGUGCAUAUGGAAUUCGCCAUCAAGUUCUUAAUUCCCACAAGUCACCCUUCACGAAUUGCAAAUGAACUGCAGUGCCUCAGAGAAAUUGGAGGCAGCAGCAAUGUCAUGGAUGUGAAAAUGUGCUUUUUGCACAAGGGCCAUGUGGCCAUUGUGAUGCCAUACUUUCCUCAUGAGAAGUUUCCAGACUUUGUGUAUAAACUGACCGUCACUGAAGUGCAAGAGUACAUGAUGCAACUCUUUAUUGCACUAAGAAGAGUCCAUUCAUUCAACAUCAUUCACAGGGACAUCAAACCAAGCAACUUUCUCUAUAGUCGCAAAUGUAAAAGAUUUUCUUUAGUUGACUUUGGCCUUGCCCAGAGGCUUGGUUGUGUGUCUGGAGACUCGGAGCCAAAAGCAUCCGGACCGUUGCUAAAGGAUUUGGGGCCAUCACAAAACCCUCCAUCAAGAAAGAGAACCAGAACACUUGACCAAGAAAACCAGAAAGCUCAAGUGAAGCGCCAGUGCCUGCCAGCACACAUGGGGCCCCCACUUCACACAAUCAAUGUGCACAAUGUCUCAAAAGCAGCUACUGCAGCUGGUAAAUUGCAGCAGACAACUGCAGCUUCAGCUAAGCCUACAUCAAAAGGGGUGCUGAACCAAGCACGCCGUGGAAGAAGAAAACUGUGCUGCUGCUUUGGAAGGAAUGAAGUUUGCAACAUCUGUCUUAGCAGGCCAGCUGAAAUUGCCCCUCGUGCUGGAACUCCUGGUUUUCGCGCUCCAGAGGUCCUUCUGAAGUACAGAAACCAAACUACAGCUGUAGAUAUGUGGUCAGCAGGUGUCAUAUUCCUGUCCUUGCUGAGUGGCCGCUACCCAUUUUUCCGUGCCCAAGAUGACCUCACUGCAUUGGCAGAAAUUAUCACAGUCAUUGGAAGCAUUCCUGUGCAGUUAGCAGCUGAAAAAAUGGGAAAACUGCUUACCGUCAGCCAUGAAAAGCCAGUGCUAGAUCUAAAAUCCUUAUGUGAAAGGUUACGAGGCACCCGUGUCAAGAUUGGGCAGACAGCAGAUGGUGUUGAAAAGGCACACUUCAGGUACCAUGAAUCAUGGCUUCAUGUGCCAGACUCUGCCUACGACCUGCUGUACAAGCUGCUUGACCCCGACCCUACAACUCGAAUCACAGCUGAGGAUGCCCUAAAGCAUGACUUUAUAAAGGAACUACUGUGCUAGUGCAAAAUGUGCAGUGGCAAGAAUGAUCUCAUAACUCUGUUUGCAGUUUAUCUGCAUAAUUGAUGGGAAAAUAAAAAAGAAUGUCAGGGUUAA